AUGAUUAAUGGCAGAGUGCUGGUCAUUGCCGGCUCCGACUGCUCCGGUGGAGCUGGCUUGGAGGCCGAUCAAAAGGUUUUGGCAGCACAUGGCUGUUAUGCCAUGACUGCUACCACGGCCUUGACGGCGCAAAAUACCAUGGGUGUCAAGGGAAUUCAUGUCAUUCCUGCAGAUUUCGUGGAGAAGCAAAUUCAAGCGUGCAUUGAAGACGUCGGUGUCGACGUGAUCAAAACAGGGAUGCUCGCGGCUGCAGAUACCAUUGAGAUGAUUGCAAGGCAAGUUGAGAAGCACAACGUUACCUCCUUGGUCGUUGAUCCGGUAAUGGUAUCAACAUCCGGUGCUCAGUUGCUUCCUCACGAGGCUAUUCAACAGCUUUCUAAACACCUGCUUCCCAUUACCACAGUUCUCACACCCAACAUUCCCGAAGCAACGCUCAUUCUUUCAGAAAAUGGUUAUUGUGAAUUAGCUCAAAAGCAGAUUCUUUCCGUCUCUGACAUCGAAUCCAUGGGCCGCCAGAUUCAAGCCCUUGGGCCAAAAUGGGUCCUCGUCAAGGGUGGCCAUCUACCAUUUCGGUUUGACAUGACGAUUGCCAAGGCAGAGAAUGAAAAGGAGGUUGUUGUAGACGUUUUGUUGGGACCGGAGGGCCAGGUUUUUCGAGUACAAAGCCCUUAUCAGUCAAGUACGAGUACUCAUGGCACUGGAUGUUCUUUGGCUUCUGCAAUUGCUGCCGGGAUGGCCAAGGGAAUCGACGUCCCCGCCUCUGUCCGCUCAGCUUGCCGAUAUAUUGAAGCUGGUAUAAGAAGUGCCCCUAAGCUAGGAAAUGGAAAUGGACCCCUAGAUCACUUUCACUCCAUCCAGGUCUUGCCAUUCUCCCCGGGACGGUUCAUUGAGUAUCUCCUUGAGCGACCCGAGGUUAAAGAUGUCUGGAAGACUUUUGUUCAUCAUCCAUUCGUCAUGGCUCUUGGCCAGGGAACAUUGCCGCUGGAAUCAUUCAAGGGAUAUAUCAUUCAGGACUACCUUUACUUGGUGCACUUCUCCAGAGCCAAUGCUCUUGCCGCAUACAAGUCAAAUGAUAUCGAAGACAUUAGCAGGGCAAACGAAAUUGUUGGCCAUAUUGUGAGAGAGAUGCAAUUGCACGUCAAUUAUUGCAAGACAUUUGGCAUCUCAGAGGGAGAGAUACAAAAGACAGAAGAAAAGCAAGCCUGCACAGCAUACACGCGGUAUGUCUUGGACAUUGGCCAAAGCGAGGACUGGCUUGCCCUUCAAAUGGCUCUGGCCCCAUGUCUGCUCGGCUACGGUGCAGUGGCGCAGAUGUUGCAAUCUCACGAACUCACUCGUCGCGAUGGCAAUAUAUAUUGGCCAUGGAUACAAAACUACAUUGCUGAGGACUACACUCAGGCAGUCAGGCUAGGCUCCGAACUUUUGGAAAAGCACGCACGGCUUCAGUCACCAUCCCGAAUUGAGGAGCUGGUUAAGAUAUUCAUCCACGCAACAAAGAUGGAGAUUGGGUUUUGGGAAAUGUAUCCAUAUCAAUAG